AUGAAGAAGCGGGGAAUGAUGGUUGCCUCCCCGUCACCAAGAAAGUCAUGUGGUCGACGUGGAAUCUCAGAACAUAGGCCGGAGAUCAACCAUGUUUGGAAGUUAAACCCAAAGAAUGAUAGCAGUGGUCCUGAUUUUUCUGGUAUUGCGUUACUUGCGGAUGCUGUGUGUAAUUUGAGAAAUGAUCUUGCACCAGCUGUUGACCGUCUGCUUUCUGAAGAACCUGUUGUUCAGCAGCAAGAUGGCUCGACCAUAUUGCCCCAUGCGGUUGGUUCCACAUAUCAGGUGGGGCGAGGCAAAAAGGACAAUGUAGCUCCUGAAAAAUCUUCGCUUGAUUUGGCUGAGAAGGGCAUAGCGAGCGUAGGAGGGAUGAUAAUAGCUACUAAGGGAGCAAGUGAAAGUGAAAAUUUUGCACCUGAUAGUGGAGUUGUCAUAAAGCCAGAUAAAUCAUUGGUCAGUGAACCCACUGAGAAAAAGAAUUUAAGGUUACACUGGGACUUAAAUGUUUCUAUGGAUGCUUGGGGUCCACCUUGUGAUGUAGAAAAUGAUGCCUCUGAAAAAGAUGUGAAGGGAGCAAUCACAAAUCCAAUGCCUCCUAGAGUGAGCCAACCUAUUGAUGGGUUUGUUGUAUCAGCUGGGCAAGAAAAGUUUUCAUCAGCAUGUGGUCCUAUGGCUGAAGCAGCUGCUAGAAAUGGAAAUAAGUUCAAAUCUGGUUAUAAUUCCCCGCUUGAGGAUGGAGAAUUAAGGGAGCCAUACCGUAGGGGGGAAAAUAAGGUUGAAGAUGAAGGAUUCUACUCUAUGGCUGAAAAUAAUGACAACAAGAUGAAUGAUUCUGGUAAGGGAAUCUUGGCAGAGACUAAGCUGGGUCCAUUAGAGCGUAAAUCUUAUGAUGAAUUGAGAAUUGGAGAGGCUCAUAACAGAAGGGACGUAGAGAAGAAUGAUGUGGCUCGCAUGAAUGAUUUGCAUCUUAAGAAGCGGUCUUUUUCUUCUUCAAGGAGGUUUGUGUUGAGACCAUCUAAGGAGUUGCCUUCGCAUGAUGCCAUCACAAGGACAAGGCAAGUUUUUUCUUUUCAUGCCUCAUCUUUAGGUAAUUUUACUUUUUAAUAGUUCAUUAUUAACCUAGUAAUGGUCCUUUUUGUUUCAGAUCUGAUGAUAAUGA